AUGGGUAACGCGGCUCCAUCAUCUCCUUCGACUCCUGCAGGUGACGGGUUUGAUAAAGUCACCGGAGAUCCUAAUUUUAAUGCUAAUUGUGUUGACCCACGUUCGCCCUCAGAUGGAAUCAUUAGGACACCCAUAGUCAUGGUAAAUUCGCCCGGGGACUUUGCAAGCAAACGACCAUGUUUGCCAGUGCCCUUUGACACUUCGGACUUUGAGUCCAUCGACGGCGUGGAGACCGAGGACGACUCUCUUCAUCGUAACGUGGACACGUCCGCUUUGUCCGACACGGUCGCAGCAGGGACCUCUAAUAGGAAAGCCGAAGGUCAUUAG